AUAGCCAAUGGAUAACUGGUAUUCCUGAUGGCUGCGGCAUGCAUUGACCGUAGACAAACAGACAGAAAUGGAAGGGGAUCUUGUUUAUAUUGCUUUCUGUUGGCUAAACGUUAAAAUAUGACGCUCAAGACGAGUGCAAGUCCUCAACAGUUGCACAGACUACAGGUCUACUGCAAGAAUUGGGGGAUUCUAUGAAGCCAUCCAGGAUGUGAUCCAAGCGGUCACAUCGUUAAAAUAGCCUUCAUCUCAUUAUGACAGACUUGAACUGAGGUGGUCAGUCUGUGGGUACACUCUGGCAGAAUGAGGAAGUUAGAGGGAGCCGCACUGAAAAAAACCAUGGCUGAGCUGAAGAAAGGAAAAAAUGGUGAACUUCUGAAGGCUAAAGGGAAAAGGUUGCCAGCAAAGAAAAGUGGUAUUUUGAGAAAGGUGAAGAACAGUCCUUCCAGUAAAGUUGCUGAGGAAGGGGAGCACUUGUCUCUGAAUGGCAGAGCUGAUUCUGAUCACCUGUUAAGCUCACCCCCUUCUCUCAAACAUAUGAAAGAGGAGGGAAAUGGAGGGGUGAAAUUCAUGGAGGAUGAAACAGAUCCAUACUGCCCCGACUUUGAUGAUGAACCAGCACUCCUACCACUUAUUGGGCGAAAAAGAAAGCCAAUGAUGAAUAAUUUUGAUAACGGUGUGACUUUAGAUACAGUGUCAAGUGGUGAAACUGUGUCCAUGAAUGGAGAUGUGAAGGAGAAUGUCAUUAAGCAGAUGAACACAGCUUCGACGAGUGACGUGCCUGGUGGUCAGCUUCCGAAUGGGUCAGAAUAUAAUGACCUGAACGGUAGCACUAAAAAUACAAAGAAAAAUAAACUGAAAGCAACUCAGAAUCAGUCCCCUGAAAAUAAUGGUGGAACAACAAAAGUGAAGAAGAAGAGAAAAGAGUCUAUAGAAAGUAGUGCUGAUAACUCUGGACACAGUCCUCCUAAGAAGAAGAAAAAGGAGAAGACUGUGGUGAAAUGUGAAACAUGUUCGAAGACAUUUUCAUCUGAGAAGCUUUACACACGACAUCUGAAAAUCUGUAGCUUGGAUGAAGAAGAAUUAAAUAGGUUACAACCACACAAGUGUUCUGAAUGCGACUAUCGGUCACCUAAAAAAGCCAUGGUUACGCGACAUUUAGAAUCUCAUGGCAUCUAUAAAUGUGUGAAGUGUAACUUUGUGGGAGACAGCAAGGAUGCGUUCAGAGAACACACCCUGGAAGCUCACAAAGACAGGGCAGACAUGAAGCUUUGUCGAGUCUGCUCACGCUAUGUCAAAUGUGACACAAUUACGUUAGAGCAGCAUAUGAGUGAGUGUAAAGGAAAGGUGCCCCUCUACUGCCCAGAGUGCAAGAAAGAAUUUAAAUAUGAAUCCUCAUUGAACGUUCAUUUGAACUCUCAUUACCCAGACAGACCAAAGAGAUUUUCUUGCCAGCAAUGUGACUAUAAAUCUAAUUACAAAGCCAACUUGCAAAAACACAUUACAUGCAUGCACGAGAAUCGUGUACGUAGUGUAAAAUGUGACCUCUGUGCGAAGUUGUUUUAUUCUGAGGAAGCCAUGAAAAGACAUGUUAAGCUACAUGCUGAUGACAGACCAUACAUUUGCUCAGUUUGUGGUCAUGCAUGUAGAUCUCUAUCAGCAUAUAAAUCUCAUCAAGAAACACACAAGCCCAACAACUCAUUCUUUUGUACCAUUAAUGACUGUGCUGACGGCUUCCGUACGGCUAGCCUUUUGAAGAAGCACGAGCAAACCUUCCACCAUGUGGUACAAAAACACUUCCAUUGUCGAGAAAAAGGCUGCAAAUUGUCCUUCUUCAAACGGAGUCAUCUAAGGAGACAUGAAACAACACAUACAGGUGAACGGAAGUAUCGGUGUGAGUGGGAAGGAUGUGGAAAAGCCUUUCGACAUGCAGACAACCUUAAGGUUCACAUGAGGCAGCAUACAAAUGAAAACCCAGUCAAGUGUGAGCUGUGCAGCUUUACAUGCAAACAGAAAAGCUCACUGAAGUGGCAUAUGGGUAAACGGCAUCCUGAGGAUGAUAAGAAGAAGAAAGUUUUCGUUGACACUCCUCAAGAUGAUUGGGCAUUCUGGAGGCUGUUAUGGCUGGAAAAAAGAAAAAAAGGUGCUAAAGAAAAGUCUUCAAAGACAACUGGAAAAUCAAAGGGCAAGAAGACCAACAAGUCUAAGGUUAAAGCUGAGGUAGUAACUGAAGAAGUGCAAGAUGAGCAAGAAAGUGCUGCUAAGACACCUAAGAAAAGACAGAGGAAAUCUCCACAAGGGAAGGGUUCUUCGAAGGAGGUUAAAGAUUGUGAUGCUGAGCAAGAUGCUACUGAGUGUGCUCCAGUAAAAGUCUCUCCACUGAAAGGAAAGAAGGUCACCAAAGGUAAAAAGCUUAGUAAGUCAAAAGCGUGCAAAGUGGCUAAACACAAAGGGAAAACUGCUGGAAGAGCUCAUGGUAAAAAACGACCAUUAAAGGGCGCUAAAAAGUCACCUAAAGCAUCGUCUUCUAAGUUAAAAGGUAGUGCUGUUGUAAAAGAUGAGGCUGUUGAAGAAGUUGUAGAAGAAGAGAUGACUGUAGAAGAGACUCCUUCAAGGAAGAGAAAGAGAGGAAGGCUAGAUGACCAAACAGACCCUGUGAUCGUCAAACCGAAGAAAGCCAAGAAAAACCCAACUAAGACUGGUAAAUCGAAAAAAGCAUCUGCAAAGUCAAAGAAAAAGCCUGCCAAAGCUAAACAAAAGAAGGCACCAGCUAGAACAGAAAAGGUUGAAGUAAAGGAUGAGGUGGAGCCUACAGCUGAGGAAGAACCCCCAAAGGAACCAGAAGAUGUUGCCCCAAGUAAUGACAUUUCUGAUGAAAUCAACAAGGUGUCUGAAGAAGCAGUAGCAGAAGAACAGCCUCCAGAAGAGCUUGACAGCGACAGUGAUUUGUGGGGAAAUAAUGAUGAUAACAACACCGAGGAGCCUGAUAGAAACUGUGAUGCUGACGACGAGAGGGACCUAGACAAUGAUGAUGAUGUGGACAAGCUGAGUGAGGCUGGUUUCUUGGGUGACAUUGACAAGCCACUUGGUGGAGCUUUGGAGAAGCGUUCUGUGGAUGAUGAUGCAAGGAGUCAUGUGUCUGAUGCCAACAACAGUGUGAGCGAUGUGGCUUCGUUAGACGAUGCUAUUCCGGAUACUCCACCUCGAGCUCCUAUGAGGCCCAAUGAUAAUGAAGAGGAGGUUGAUGAGAACGAUUACUACCAACCUCCACCAUCCCCUCCCCACAUGGAGACAUUGGACUCUGUGGAUCAGCGCUCAGUAGAAAGCCUGACGCCACACCCACAUAUGUCCACACUCCUCAAUCUCAGCAGCCAGAAGCACCGCCACCCCCCUCAUCCUACAGAGAAGGAUUACUUCGGCCAGUAUUUACAGGACCUGCCAACUGUGGAAGGACAGGCAGCACCUCCUGCUCCCACCCAGGAGUCCUCACCUGGCCAGGUACCCGAGGACCUCACUAACAUCCAAAUCCCCAGCGGCAAUGUGGAAGGAACAAGUGAUGAAAUAAAGGCUUUAGACCUUCGGCCAGAGCCUGUCAGCACAAUUACUCACACACGGCUCCAACGUGAAACGGUCACAGGACUUGCUGCGUCUAAUAUAGAAAGGGAAACAGUCAGCACUAUCACUCACACAAGCAGGACAGUGCAACCGUUGGUUACUCAGCCUUCAUGCAUCCCAGUACCAGGGAUGCAAACUGAUGUUAUGUCUUACCAGCGGAUGGAACUUCUUGCUUGUGGAAGACCUGAUAACUUUAUGCAGCAGAAGGAGUCAUCACUCCAGAGACUUACCAGCAUCACAUAUCAAAACUUUGGUAGUUUAGACUCUGUUAAUCCGACCUGUAGGGACAUGAACUACCUCAGGCCCAGUGAAAACAUGUUCCCAAGGUCCUGUGCUGGAGGAAGCUUCAUGCGCGUCACAGAUGGAGAAUCUUCUUUAGGGAGGGCUGGCAUGAAUUCUUUCUUAAGGCAACCAGAUACAUCAUUUGUCAGGCCUGAAACUUCAUUGACUAGAGCAGCUAACCCGUCUCUGUUGAGACCUGGCACAGAGGACUUGUUUGCCCGUGAUGCUAUGGGUAGACCGGUCUCCCGAAGCCCGUUUCACGGAGCAUGGACUGGUCAGGAGAUUAGACCAGCUCACUGGAAUCAGAACCCUUACCUUCAGCGGCCAGUGGACCGCACCACAAACUCUGCUACACCCGCUUUGUUGGGAACCGAGAGGGACUUCACAUUUGACCCUAGCAGGUCUAUCCCAGAUCAAAACGUAUUCAGCAAUCUCACAUCUCAGCAGCAUGAGUUGCCCCGUGAUACUCCUUUUCAACUUGAAAGGUUUGACCUCAGCUCUUACUUUGGCACUCACCCCUACAGUGCAACACCUGCGCUAGAAUAUGGACAUGCAACAUGUGGAGCAAACCAAAAAGCCUUUGAAGAUCGUUUAAGGCAGCCUUCUGCAGUUCCUGAUUUACGGGGCUUACCGCAGCCCCCUUCAACAGACAUGUUAAACCAGUUCUGUGGAAUCAAUGUUAAUCCAUCCUUUAAUUUGGACAAGUAUAUGUAUGCCCGUGACCCUGUCUAUAGACCACAGCAUGUCACAGGUACAAGUGAAAGUGCUUUUCUCAGUCACACAGCCCCUACUCAACCGACAUAUUUUAGCAGGGACUACACGGGUAGGACUUUAUACCCCCAGAGCAACCCAUAUGCGCUGAUGGAUGACCGUCAGUAUGGCACGGCGUCCAAACUGACUCACCCUGCUGGUGUGCAGCAGGACAGAGACCUUAUGGGCAGGAGAAGCACAACCAAUGACAACCAGAUUCAAGAUCCUUAUCGACGCUCUGUCAUAUAUAAUGUUAUGAACAGAUUUUGAACAGGUUUUCCUUGAACUUGACAUUGCCAUUGGGAUCUUUGCUUUCACGGAUUAACUGUUGACACAGACUGUGUAGACUAUGGUCUUUACUAGCCAUACCCUGCUGUCCUUUCUGCUGUCUUUAUUAUGUGCUUCACUUAUCUGCUGAAGUGUACAAAAAGAAAACUUACCAUAUGUAGAUAGAUAUACAUGUAGCAGUAAAGUGACAAGUCCUCUGUACCCCUGGAUGGGUGUACUAACUUUUUUUGUUGUAGUUAGGAUGUACGUACAUGUAUUUGUAAAUAUGUCAUUAUAUAUAUGAACAUAGUGUGAUUUACAAUGUUUUAUAAAGCAAUCGUCUCACUUUGACACAUUGACAGUCCAUUGUGUAAAGUGUGGGCAGCAUAACCGCCUUGUUCAUUUAGGUAAGCAGUUGUACAAGGCUUGUUUCUCAGUGUGUAAAAUUUUUGGGAGAAUCUUGUUGGUUAAUAUGUGUACACGUGACUCUGUCCAGGUUUUCUGUUGUAAAUGCUGUAAAGGCUUUUAUGUUUACUGCACUGUGUAUAUCCCAUGCACUAUGACAAGUACAGUUUGUUGUAAUUUGCCACUGGAAUCUGUUGUUAGUGUCGACUGAGUAUUUGUAUACGCAAUGAAGUAGGGUAGGUGCGUCACAGAAUAAUUUUCUAGGAUAGUUUGCAUUUUGAUCUUUCUAGAAUUACACUUGAUGAAAUGUUGUCACGUAAACAUGUAUAGCAGAAGGUUUUGCGAUCCAUUGUAAGCUAGGCACACUAUUAUUUAUUUAUUCAAAUGGAAAUAUACUUCAGGUGUCUCAUAGUACUAACUUCAAUGAUUUUUCAGAAUUAUACCAAUUUGAGUUUCUUCCUGAAGUUAUAGACAAACAGCUAAGUGUACGGGUAGUCUUUCAAGUGACUUUAAAAUGGCUCUUCUCUCCGUCAAGGUUAUUAUCAUCCAAUAUAUUUAUAUACAUCUUAAUGUAUAUUAAAGUGAACAUAAAGUCUGCCACUAUAUAUACAUAGAAAAAAUGAUAUUUUACACAGUUAUCACAGAAAAAUACCUAAAAAAUCUGUAAGAUUUUGAAAUCCAAGAAGAUGAGAUCCGCUUGUUCCCACGAAGAUUGCCCUGACCAAGCCCGAGCGCUAAACUAAAAGAAAAAAUCAGACCUUUGAAAUUCGUAUGAGGCAUAUUUGUUUUUAUUUUCUCAUUGUCACAUUGUUUAAUACCGAUGGUACAAUACCUACAGCUGUUGCAGAUAGCUAUAACAUGGCAAAAUAGCGUCAGGUAGGCAGUGAUGAUCAUUUGCUAUUUAUUUUCUUGAUAAACAGUGUAGAAUUUUUAAAAUAUAUUUAGAACAUUUCUGGAAUGCUACUUUACUAGUUAAUUCAGAUUUAGUGGCUGGCUUUAUGUUCACUUACAUUCUAAAAUAACAAACUUGUAUUUGUUGGAAUUACAAUGUAUUAAUUUGAACAAGAAAAUAUUUUGUCUAUUACUAUUCAUUAUUGCAAUUUCAUAAUUUAGAUAUAUAUUUAGAAUAUUCAUUUAUUCAGAUACUAAUCUGGUAAGGUAGUUUCAGCCAUGCCCUACCUUUUUUUGUGGAAGUCUUGAGCAAAUAAUUAAGGGGGAGAAUAUUCAGCUGUGAUGCCUGGUUUUGAUUUGCUUUGUUAAAGUAUUCAAAUAAACUCCUGAAAUGCCAGGUUAAGAUUAUCCUUGCCAUGACCGGGAAAAGAGUCCAUUUUUAGUUUGAUUGAUGCAUUGACACAAGGUCAAAACAUUUCCAAGCCAUUGUCUUAAGUUAACUACACAAAACUACUUUUGGCAAAUAAUUUUUUUGCAAUUAAGCUCUAAUACGUCAUGAUGACAGUUGCUCAAGUGAAAAUUAUGACACUUAGUGUGAUUGCCAAUAUAGUGUUGGAUUCAGGGCCUGCAUUCAUGCAACUGAGAAUUCUAUUUCCUUAAAUACUGCUAGUUAAGUUUUUAAUUUUGGGUACCGGUACCAACAGUCAAUGAGUUUUCCUGUACAUGUAGGUUAAUUAGAGUCAUGUAUUUUCUUGUUUUUCUUUGCAACUUAUCGUAAGACUUUUCUGAGUAGAAGUCUUUGGAAAGCAGCACAUUUAAGGAUUUUGUUUUUCAGGUGACUUGAAUUAUGGAAUUUUCGUUUUCUGUAGUAGAAAAAAAAAAAACCUCUUUGAAAAAUUUACAUUUUUGUUAUAUAUCACUUGUUUUACAUGACUAUGCUCACCCUGUUAGCAAUAUUUUUUCUAAGGAAUUUUCCAGUGAAAAAGCUUGGGCACACUUGAUCAUUGAAAUUUGAAAUUUUUCUGAGGUACAUGUAAUUCUGUUAUACGCAUAAAUGUACCAUUAGGAGGGGUUGCGACUUUAAGGUUUUAAUUACAUCAAGUUGUAAGAAAUGUAAAAAUGUAAAUGAACUAUAAAAUUACUUCUCCAUGAUUGCUUUUCCUGCCUCCAAUAUUAAACAAUAUACUAUUUCAAACAUUUGUCUUUGGGGCAGAAAUCAUGUACAUAUUAUUUCAUAUUGGUUUUGUAUGCAUGUAUUUUUUUCUCGUUAUUGUGUGUGAAGUACAUGAAUCAUAGCUUGCAUAUUGUUAGUGAAUAGAAAAGUCACAGUGGUAGCUGAGCUGAUGAUUAGGAAGGUAGUCUUGAAACAUUUAUGAUUGCCGUCAAUUAUAAACAAAAAUGCCAUAUAAUAUACAUUUAUUAAUGUCAUAUGACUAACAAGUUUUUAAUCUUUCCAAAGUCUAUAUUAAUUAGUGGGAUGUGGAUGUGGUAUAGAAAGCAGGAAAACCAGGAAGGUUUUUCUCCCUGGUUUUUAAGACUUGUAUAGGUGCUAUGUUAUUGUGCCACCAUUUUAUACUGUAUGUGUCUCACUCGUUUUCAUACCCAUGUAUUAUUGUAUUGACCAUUUUGUUAAGUCACUUUUUAGUGACCCUGUAUGAUGUUUUUCUAUUCAAAUUUUUAUUGCUGGAUUACUUGUUGAACAAUAUCUAUGUGUUAUAAUAUCCACUAUUUUACUGCAGUUGCUAUAUUACCACUUUUUAUGUUCUCUCUUUUUUUUUUUUUUAAUUAUUUUUGUUUUGAAUAGAAAAGCUGGCAGCAGUAGCUUUGCCUUGCACCUAAGGAAUUUCUCAUUUAACGGAAGUUGCUGUGUUUGUAUAGAAAAAUCGAACAAAGAUAAACUUUUGUAGCCAGUGCCACACUGGUAGUUGAUUUAAUGGCAAUCCCUUGUUGGGGAAUCGUAUUGAUUGUAAACACAGGAUGUGAUUGGACUAUGUACUCUUUUCCAUCCGGAAAUUUUACCUCAUUUUCAAAUGUAUCCUUUUAUAUGUUGCAUACUGAAUGUGAUUUAAGUUUUCCCCCCUGAAUUUUGCUGAAAUUCACCUUGACUGGGCUGGAGUGUUUGUGGAAUGUGUUGUUAAUGAUAUGGACAUUUAUACUUACUUUUAUGUUAUCCUUAGCUCCUGCUGUUCUGUUUUGCUGAAAGCCUGUUACUCUGUUUGGUAUACUUGUGAUGGCGUAUUAUACACGUAUAUCUGUGGUGAUAUUUGUUAGUGCGAUGGCUUCUCAUUUCUCUGGGUUGAUGAGUGACUGACAGUAUCUGUUCUGUCUGUUCCUGAAUACCUGUUGAGAUCAUGUGGUUUGUGUUAGGAUUGUUCAUUGUUAUUCCUUCUGUAAGCGUCUCAUGUCUUUAUUACACAUUAAACUCGGGAAAUGCAUUACUUUAGUCAUAAACACCAACCAAACUUGAGUCUUCCUCUUAAUUUUCACCAUGUGACAUCAUAAUUCUUUUAAGUUUUGAACAGUGGUCAGAAUAGGCGAUUAAAAUCUGUGCUAAGUGUUCACCCUCUGAAGAUACAGCAAACUGUACUCGGUGGCUGCACCAGAACUGAACUAUUUAGUAAGGGGGGAGGAAAAAAAAACACUGAAAACACUGAUGAAUUUUGUCAGUGUUACGAUUCUCAGCUGUAAAUUGAUCAGAGUACUGAUAUCCUUGAAUAAUAUUUUUGAAAUAAAACAGAAAAUGCCUACCAACAACAUACAUUUUAUAACCCAUGUUAGGAAACUGAAACUUGUUUCAAUUUUUUUUUAACUAAGUGUGACAAAAGUUUUCGUGGUUUUGGCUAUCCAAAAAAAAAAAUUUGAAAAAAAACCGGGCUUUAAUGGAGACAGUAACCUUGGAAAUUGAGAACUGUCCUGUGCAAGUCCUCUUAAGAUUUCCUCUAUGGUCAUUUUCAACAUUUGUGAAAAAUGGUUUCUAUCAUUUUGCUCAAUUGUUUUUGUUUCAUCUGGUGUGAGUUUUUCGUCUUGAGGUUAACAAUGAUUACCUGGAAGCAACUGUACAGCCAUGCAUAUGCAUGCAAAACUUCCUUAAUAUGCAGGUUUUGAAGGUCCAUAAAUUCAUACAGUAUGGAGUUUUCAUGUUUAUGUUUGUCACUGCAUGGUCAUAAAUGUUUUUUGCACUUCUUGGCUGGCUGGCUUGCAUUCUUAAUAAAUCAGUGUUAUCAAGUGGAGACUUCUAUUAGGUGUUUGUAAUGUGACAAAAAGUUUUGUAUGUAGCCAUUUUGUAAAGUUUCUUUUAGAAAGAAAUUGCCUUAGAUCAUAUUGUUUGAAAAGUAUAAUAAAAGUAUUGACAAAAUUGUAACA